CACGCCCCAGUGCUCAUUUAGCGUAAGUCCCACCGCUCUGUUGUUCCAUUCCUUGACGUCGAAAACAUCAAACAUUCCAUACUUUUCCCCUGACCAUGUUGACAGUCGCAUAGGCCAGUAUUCGCCCCGAACAACAUCACUAGACGAUCGCGUACUGUCGUCGACCUUUUCCUUCGCCAUUGCAUUGUCGUUACUCUCGAAAUGGAUAUUCCAAGCAGUGCGCCGACCGCGCCGACGGCAUCACCAAUGUCCUCGCCUGAACCAAUCCAUACAACGCCUUGCACGUCCAGCCCGAUCCCCGCCACGAUGUCGUCCGCGAAGCGCAUCCAAAGACGUCGCGUCUUCCGUCCUGACGAGGGUUCUCUCUACGACUUGCUGUACGAGCACGCAGGCCUCUCGCUUUUUGUUCGCCCCAUCUGCUGGACUGAUCUGCAUAUUCGCCUCCUCGGCGCGGCAUUCAUCGAGCUUCCCCCAUGCGAUACUCCAGUCCCUCCUCCCUCGCCGCGUGGUGCCCCCGUCUCCCCUUCAAGAUGCCAUAUGAAACCAUCUGUUGCUGCGACAACACUCAGCCGAGAGCUUACCGCGGUGCUCGCACCAGGAUCAACGAGGAGCUUCUACACUAACUCAAUACGCACCAUCAUGUCUACCCUUUAUCCCAGCAACCUGUCACAAUCGCGCACGCAGCUCGAUAUGCACCUGUACUUCGGCGGCCUAGCAUAUCGCGACACAUGUCGCGUGCAGGUCGCCUGGUUUUCCAUGCCAUCACGCAGCGGUUCUAUUGCCUCGUUUGAGUCGGCCUCGACGCGCCCGGCAGAGUCUUUCAACGUUGUAUCCGCUGGUGCCACCCCCAGUGCAAGCAACGGCGGCAGCAGCGAGCAGCUGGCGUAUACUCAGCCGGUUCUUGCCUACCUGGGCAAACUGCAGAUUGCCGCUACGCGCAAAAACAUGUACCGCGUCAUCCAGGGCCCCAACAGAUCAUACAACGGUCCUGUCGAGCGUCUGCAGCAGUUGCGUUCCAAGAUGUUUGUGCCAACUAAUCCCAAUCAUGACCCGCUGCUCGUGGGUAUCAUGCUGGCGAUGGCCCAACGACGCUUCUACGGUGAGCCGCAGCCGUCACCUAACAAGUGGACCCCUUCGCGGCCGUUUCCAACAGGGCUGGGGGAGCCAGAGUUCCACGAUGUGACAGUGCAACUCCUCACAAAUGACAAUGAAACAUCCGAAUUCAUCGUCUACAAGGGCACAGUUACAGCAGAGCUCCUUCGCAAGUUCCACGAACCUACAAAAAAUCCCUGCACCAAUGAGAGAAAGACGCUCGCCGACCGGCUCGAGAACAUUGCAGGUCAAGGGGGUAUGCACAUCGAAUAUACAAGAGUUCCUGUAUGGCCUAUCCUCGGCCUUAAAGAGAGACUGGGCAAAGCGCUCGGCAAGGAAGUGGUCGGGUAUUUCGAUGAGGACAACAUCGAAACAUGGGAAGAGGAAGCAGAGCGCAACUCCGAUAGGCUCAAGCGACGACGAGAUCGUGAGGCCCUUGCCGAAGUGUUGAACGGCAGCUUCGAGGAAGAAGUCACCGACGGUAUGCCUCUCAGUGGGAAACGAAGAUGUUUAGUUGACGAGGAAAGCGGGCAGGUGGGGGUGGUCGUUUGAUAGAAGUGCACUGUCCUUGAUCAUUGCAUAACGAAGCUACGAGGCGUUUUGAGAGAAGCAUACAGCAUUCCUUUCUCCCUCUCUCGGCACGGUCGAAGCGAAUAUGGCCACGGCCAACAGCAUGGGAACAUAGGAUGGGUUUGACUCAUUUUUACUUCGGGCAGCUGGAGUUGUGGGGGACAUGAGCGAUGAGAGUUACGAUUACAACUCACGGGACAGACGAGACGUUACGAGAAUCCGGCCGCGGUUUAGAUCAUGGCAGCAUUCCAUUCCGGACAAGUGUUGGGGAAAGAGAGUCGGAACAUUUUUGGCAUUGGUACGAGAGACUUAGAUUCCCCAAUUUACGCGCGAAAAAGAGCGUGUGACUAUGUGGCUUGUUUUAAUUGGUACACUCGUAUCCAUUAUAUUGUUAUCCGCCUCACGUUGUGCGGCAUAUGAUAUAGCUCUGAGC